AUGGCCAUCCAAGCAGACAGUACAGUGAAUGAUGAGUGUGACAUGCAACCUUACGCUGUUGCAGACAUGUCCGACCACGAAGCGUACCUCAGCGCAACAACAAACGUUCGCCAACAAGCUUCAAAGGCAGACAUUUACGACAGAGUGGAAGGACUGGCCGUGUCCUCAACUAACGAGAUAUUUGUGGCUGACGAGCUCAACAAAAGAAUCCAGGUCUUCAGCAUGAAGGGAGAUUUUCUUCGCAGUUUCUCCACAGGAAAUAUGAAACCACAAGCGGUAUGCAUAGGCCACAAUGACACCCUGUGGAUUGUAUUGUACAGAGGUCUCAUGAACCAACGUUCCACGUACGAAAAUGUCAUCCAACAGUACAGCAAAGACGGCCAUGUCCCUGCCAAAUUCACAUGCAGCAGCACUAGUAAAAAACAAAUCUAUGGGAUUGCCUGGCACAAGCUUUCUAACAGAAUCAUACUGACUCUAGGACAGGUCGAGGUUCUGUGGUUUAGUCCUUCUUACACACCGACACCAGCAUGUAACAUGACCAGGUUGCCAGCAGCAGGGUUUAUAAUGCCACAUUCUGUAACCGUAGACACGAAAGGGAACAUCUAUGUUAUAGAAAGUACUGGCUCUCGUAUUAAUAAGUAUGACAAGAACGGAGUCUACCUGUCCAGUUUUGGUAGUAGAGGUACUGGAGCAGGGAAUCUUUAUUUCCCCGAAGGUAUCUGUGUGGACAGUUCGGGGCGUGUGAUUGUGGCUGAUAGUAGGAACAGCCGAGUGGAGAUGUUCACAGCUGAGGGAAACCACAUCCGCACCGUAGCUUACAUUAAUCAACCCAAGCAUGUUGCUACAGGUGGGGAGGGGCAGCUUUUGGUUAGUCAAAAGUGGUCUGUAACCAUCUUGCCCAAAUAUUAG